AUGGAUGACGGGUGCUUGAUAGAUUUCCUACUGGAAGAUGAGCUCACUGUAACUAGUCCUGACCCGAAUAGUAGCCAUUCAAAAUGGCUAGCAGAUGAUGGUACCCUUGCAACAACUUCAGCUAUCACAUCCACGAAGAGCGGGAGACGUAACGGUAAAUCAAAGCCCAAGAAAAGACGCAAAGAACUACUACAGAGUCAAAUAGAAGAUCCGAUAGAAGAUUUGAUUGAUUUGAUUCUCAAAGAAGAUCGAUUAUCCCUCAACAUAGGUCGCGAUCUGCCGGAUAAACGCUUAGAAACAACGAAACCUAAGUCUGAGGGGAAAAAGAAGUCUAAAAACAAAGCCAGAGGUGAUCGUAUUGAUUUGGACCGCCGUGUUUAUGAAUCGAUUGCUAAAGACAAGUCUUUCAUGUUUAAUUUCCCUGUUAACGAAUUGUUGCCAGAUAUGGUGCCAGAAGUAACUCAAAAGAAGUCAAAGAAGAGGAAGCCUAAAGAAAAGAAAUCUAGCAAUGAUCAAGACCAUGUUCAGAGUAGACCAACCAGAGAACCUGAAUUCAUUGAGAGUUCUCCCAAACUUGUUCAGGAACCUCUUGAAAUUGAAGUUCAACACAAAGAACUAAAGAAGAGCUCUGCUAAAGACAAGAAAAGUAUUAAGAAGAAAAAGAAUAAGACUAGCAUUCGUUUUGGUGGAUCCGGGGCAUUGACUGCAGACGCGAAUAGCCCUACUAUAAAAAAUAAACAUCCAAACGAUCCUGACAGGCCCAGCGCAUCGAAAAACCAAGAUUCGCAAAUACCGAGCGUCGACUCUUCUCGUUCACGAUCGAAAAGAAGGGCAAAGGCUUCAAAACAGUCUCCAACAAAUGAUAAAAGCGUAGAGAAAAAGGUGAGAAAAAAAACAUCGACGCGCCAAGCUGCGUCGGAGGAAUGA